GUGUAUAACCAUCCGCUAUACCUCUCCCACAGCUUACUUGUUUGUAAGACCGAAAGUGAAACUGAUGCCAAUUGCUCGUAAACUCCUUGCAUUACUGAAGGACAUGAGCCUUGAUGACCAUCCUGUUUUUUUCCAUAUGUUCAGCAACAAUGGAUCUGUGUUAUAUUACUACAUAACUCAGGCAAUGGAAGAAGAUGAGGCACCAAAUUUGAUGGUUAAAGGAUGCAUUUUUGACAGUACCCCAUCACCUAGGAGAAUUUACUCAGGUGUGCGAGCGAUAUAUGAGGUGACGCCAGGGUCAGUAUGGAUGAAGCUCUGUGCAUCAGUAGGCAUGAUGCUGUUCUUGAUGGGCUGGAGAGUCCUUUCUGUGUUGUGGACAAUUAUCUCUGGAAAGCUUCCUAACACUCCACCUUGGGCUCUUGUGGAGGACAAAGCUCGAUGCCCACAGCUCUUUCUGUAUUCACGUGCUGACAAACUUAUCAAUUACAAUGAUGUUGAAUAUUUUGUUGCUGAACGUCAGAAGCUUGGAGUUCCUGUUGUUACAAAAUGCUGGGAUGAUUCUGCUCAUGUUCAGCAUUACAGGGUACACCCAGAUGCCUACAGUUCCUCAGUUUAUUCAUUCAUCAACAUGUGCCUCUCCCCAGAUUUCUUAAGUAGUAAGGUCAUUGCUGAUGUAUCAGAGGAUGCUGAUAAACAGAAGAGUGAUUAAAGAGUAGUUGUUACAAGGGUGUUACAGGUCCAGAACAGACACAUUACCUGACCCGAUGCCGUUAAGCAUGCCUUGGCCACGUAACUCUCUUCACAUAUAAAUGGCUCCACAAUUACUUAGUCACCAAUGAGACAAUAACUAGUACUGCCUUUCUCACCUGCCUGACCUUUUUUUUAUUUUAGGAAAUAUUUUCUUUGAUCUUGUAUUGCUGUUAGAAAUGUCAUUAUUAUAAUGAUUAUAAUGUCUAUAAUGAUAAUAACAGCAUCGAUAUUGAUAGCAUUUGUCAGAAUUUUUUUUAUUUUGAAAACUCAAAUAAAAGUGAAAUUAGGUGAGUUCAUAAGGUUGACUAAUUGACUACUUGGUGGCUAAACACUUACUGAACCAUGAAUGUGGAGAGACAAAUCACAAAACAAUGCUACAGUAAAUAUUAAAUUCUUGUGGCAGCACUGGGUUAAGGUAUGUUAUAUAUAAUGACUUUGUAAAGAAGACUUGACCAUUGUGUAAUGAAUUUAUGGUCACAGUGCUUAUGUAAAAUAUGUAAUGAAAUAGGAGUUGUUUUAUCAGCAAAACUUUGACCAUCUAUGCUCAUUAAAUAUAAUUAUUAACCUGUACAUAUGGGUUCAGAUAGAAGACAGGUCUUAAUUAUUUGGUAAAUCUGAUAUUGCAAAUACAUUAGGACAGGGUAAGCUAUACCAUUGGUUCUAGAAUUUGGUGCUGUGAGCAGUACCCAGAGGUGGUGCAUUAUCCAAAAUGAAAUCAAAUUUAUGGAUGCAGUAAGUAAUUGUCACUCUUCUAAAGAGCAGGAAACAUAUGGCCUUGAAGUUCAGGGGUAUUUUGUUUCUAUCGACUGUAAUUCAUGGGGCAGAAGAAAAUAAACUACUGUAACUGUAAAAUCAUUUAGAGGGGUGAUGGGGUAAUGAAAAACAUUUUGUGGGAAGGCAUCUGUAAGCUUUGGAGUCACUGAAUAUGGUUUAGGAACCACUGGGCUCUACCUUCUAUACAUUUUAAAAGAAUCGUCUCAUGAGAAUAUUUUUUAACGUUUUGAUAGUGUAAUUCUUGUGUAAUGAUCUAUGAUAUC